CAUUGGUUUCUGUUUUCACUCUGCUCAGUUGGCAAGAUGGCGUCGGAACCGAACAAGACAGAAAUUCUCACCAUUUUUAAGCGAUUGCGCUCCAUUCCCACAAACAAGGCCUGCUUUGACUGUGCUGCCAAGAAUCCAAGUUGGGCUAGUAUUCCAUAUGGAGUCUUUCUUUGCAUUGACUGUUCUGGGAUUCAUCGCUCAUUGGGAGUGCACUUAAGCUUCAUCAGAUCCACAGAACUGGAUUCCAACUGGAGCUGGUUUCAGCUAAGAUGUAUGCAGGUCGGAGGAAAUGCCAAUGCGAUGGCGUUUUUCCGCCAGCAUGGCUGUACCACCAAUGACACCAAUGCGAAAUAUAACAGCCGUGCGGCUCAGAUGUACAGAGAGAAGAUUCGGCAGCUCGCCAACACUGCGCUCUCCAAAUACGGCACUGAUCUGUGGAUUGACAGCCCGGGCUGUGCUCAACCGUCACCUUCAGAGAAGAAAGAAACCGACUUUUUCGACGAACACACACAGUCUGUCAACAGCUGGGACAUGGCAGUGCCAUCCCUAACAGAUCAGAACGGAUCCGAAACAAUCACCUCUCAACUGGAGAACAGUUCUAAGAGUUUGGAGACAGCCAGCACCCAGCCUGAAGAUGGUCCGAGCAUCGAGGGUCUGAGCACAAGUCCUAAAGCCACGAUAGAAAACUCAAUGAGAUUGGCUUCUGAUGAGUCACAACCUAAAGAAGUGAAACCCUCCAUCAUUGGAAAGAAAAAGCCAACCACAGCAAAGAAAGGGCUUGGAGCUAAAAAGGGUCUUGGUGCCCAGAAAGUGAGCAGCAAGAGCUUCAGUGAUGUUGAGAAACAGGCCCAGGUGGCUGAGAAGAUGCGAGAGGAACAGGCUGCCGAGGCCAAGAAACACGCAGAGGAGUCUAUAGUGGCCUCAAUGAGACUGGCCUACAAAGAGCUGGAGAUUGACAGAAAGAUUGAAGAGAAGAAACUGAAAAGCCUGGAGGGGAAGAAGAAAGAGCAGGCAGAGAGGCUGGGCAUGGGAUUCGGCAACAGGAGUGCCGUGUCUCACUCUGUGAUGGCUGAGAUGCAGGUGAUCGAGCAGGAGACCCCUGUGGGGGUCAAAUCCUCAACCCGCACCAAGUUGGACAUGUUUGAUGAGCCUGGAUUUGCCUCUGGACCCCCAAAGUACAAAGACAACCCUUUCACCUCAGGAGAGAGCUUUGGGUCACGGUGGGACAGUGAUGCUGGAUCAUCUUUCUCCUCUUGGGCUCUUGAGAAGGAUGAGCCUAAAGAUAGUGAGGUCACCAUCUCAAGCAUCCAGCCGAUCGGAGAAAGAUUGCCUAGCCGAAGGAAGCCCGAUGUGUCCGUGCCAGUGUCAGAGUCCAGCGAAGCACGACAAAAGUUUUCCAACGCUAAAGCGAUCUCAUCAGAUAUGUUCUUUGGCCGUGAAAGCAACCCAGAGUAUGAGGCGAAGACUCGUCUGGAGGGCAUGUCUGGAAGCACCUCCAUCAGCUCUGCUGAUCUGUUUGGUGAAGGCGGUGUUCGUUCCCAUGGCUCAGCAGGAUUUGACAGCGUGCUUCCCUCCGGUCCAGACAUUGCCCAGUUCAAACAAGGUGUGAAGACCGUCGCAGGAAAGAUGGCAGUGUUGGCUAACGGGGUUAUGAACACCAUUCAGGAUCGCUAUGGCUCUUACUGACAGAACUGCAUUAGACUGAUAUGGACGUUGCAUCAAACAGGAAACACCUCAUUGCUGAUUGGAUCUUGUCUUGUCUGUCAUGAAUACAUCAAUUUAAGAGGAAGACAAAGACCUGAGAGCCUCUCUCCUGACCACUGUACACACUCUUGCUGACAGUAUUUUAAUGUUUAUUUUGAAGACUUGUUUUAUUUUGAAUGAACAGAAGCACUGGGAAAGAGUGUAAAGUCUGGAGUCGCAGUGCUCUGUGUUUUAACCAACGACAGUCCUGUUUUCUACGCCAUAUUUGGUCUUUGAUUUCAAAGUAUUCUUUCUGGAAUUAAAUGUAUAACUUGCAUUUGUUAGCUCUAA